AUGGAUGAAAUAGAAUAUAAGUUAAACACCAACAACAGCGUUCUUAUAGUCAACGCGAUAGAUAAGUUGAUAUUGACGAUUAAAUCUAAGUUUAAACCCAGUGAACGUCAGAAAUUCGUGUUAGAAAAUGAGGAGUUGAAGUUUUUGAGAGAGAAAUGUUCCUCAAAAGACAACAUGGUGAGCUUGACCGCUUGCCAAGGCUUACUGGCGUUGGUGGAGCUGGGAGUAUUGGAAAUUGCACACACGAUGUCGACAGUAGUGACGCUUAUCCCGAGCACACACAACUACUCAGCAAUAAUUUCAACAAUGGCUGGCCUGCUUGUAUUGGAUCUGAAGUCUCGUCUCAUUCCCGGCCAGCCGUAUAAAUGCCAGUUCUCGAUGCGUUCCCCUCAACAUCCCUUCAUCACUAUACUUCAGAAGAACAAAGAUAUAGACGAUAUUGUUCUAGCACAGAUGCAUGCUCUGUGUACACAUCCUGAAUAUAUUGUAGCUUCAAACAGUCUGGAGCUCCUCCGUCCAGUGUUUCUCUGGCUCACGUGCAGUCCUCAAGGCAGUAACAGCAUCAAACCCUGGCAAUUACUGAUCAGUCUACCAGAAUCUGCCGCUCAAAUCAACCUUUUAGUAGCCUGCCUUAGUUGUCAACAGAUACGUGACGCGUCAUCCUGUGAAAGGUCGUUCAGUGUGUAUCGCUGUGUGAGUGAGGGACUUCGCUCCCGGCCGGAAAUGGGGGCUGCUUUGUUAGCCGUUAUGGCCUGCACUAGUGGUGAAUUGAUGAUACACGGUAUGGAUCCCCGCCCUUGUUAUUCCCUGAUAGAGCGUGUGUUGAGUGAGGGCGGGCGGGCGGCGGUCGCGGGGCUGGUCAUCAUGAUGCUGGGCGGGAACCUGGUUCACACAUCCGCCCUAUAUCUACAUGAGUUGUUCCAUUUAUGUUUGAACAUAAUCACCAAAUACGAGUUCUCUACUAUAUGCCUAAAUUCAUUCGUCGCUCUGUCUCUUCAAUGGCUCCACCUACCGUCUUAUUUAACCAACAACGCUCUUAAAGUAUCAUCAAAGAUAUUAGAAAUCCAUCAGAACAUGAAUCGGGACUCGGGGCUGUUUAUGGCUAAUAUAAAAAACAACGCCGUCUUCCAAGAAAUUGUUCACGUAGAUCGGAAGUUGUAUAUACAUUAUAGACUUUUGGACACUUGGGAACGAUUGAGAGAUGAACCUAUGAAGCUGGCCACGUGGUUUGAAGGACUGAUGAAGUGUAAUGACCAAGUUAAGAUGGAAUUUAUGCCGUUUAUGGCAGGAAUGGCUUUAGAACGGGCGGGAGAUGAGAAUCUGGUGUUAAUAGCACUACAAGGCCUAAUAAAUCUGGUCAGCUAUAAGAAGGAGGUCUCAGUUACAUUGCUGCCAAUACUCCUAUACAAAAUAGCCAAUGACCCCCGACCUAAGGUCAAGUUAGAGUGUCUGAGAGGUCUACCGUUAAUGGCUACCACUAAGGAGAACGUCCCAGCGCUAGUGUCCAUUUUCAACAAGCUGAAGAAUAAGAAAGGUGUUCCGACGUCGCAGCUCAUCAUGAUGUACACCAGCCUGGCUGAAACACAGGUUCGUUGUUUCCCGUACUUACAAGAGUUGUUGUCUGAUUCCUCGCUCCACACACACGACCUCAAGUGGGAGGUGGAGCUCGCUAAGGCGGUCGCCGUGAAGAGGAUCUGUGAGAUACGUCCGUCCAGUCACGGCCUAGAGUUAGUCCCCGUAGUGUCAUCUCUCCUGAACCGUUGGGAUCGUUCAAGCGCGGGCCCGGUGUCCCUCUCGUUGGAGGCGCUCCGGUAUCUGUGGCAGGGGGCUGCGGUGGCGCCCCCCGGCACGUGGCGCGCGCUCCAGCCGCGGCUGGCAAAGGAUAACAGGAUACAAGUUCAGAUCAGUCUGUGUAACCUGUUAUCUGAGUGUCCUGCGCUACGUGUGUCAUCCGCGGAGUACAGCGACCUGCUGCAACAAACAGCCGCUCGUCUGUGGCUGUUCAUAUCAGAUUCUGACCACCCGGAGGUCAUAGAGGCGGCGUGUCGAGCACUGGCCGGGUAUAAGAUAGAAGAUUACACGCUAAAAGACAUACCAGAGGUGUAUCGGCGAACGGUGAAGUUGCCUCCAUCGUAUUGCAAGACUCCUGCAGACGCCGCGAGGAAACCCGAAGAUGUUUUGGACUAUAUACCAUGUGAAAUCUGGCCGGAGGUGUUUAAAUACACGAACCAGUCGGCCCUGCACUGUGUGGAGCAGCUGGUGUCCAAGCUGAUAGCGAGGGAGGUCCGAGGGUACCGGAGCGGGGUGUACCACGAGCGGGAGGGGGGCAGGGAGGGGGCGGGACUUAGUGUCAGUAGUGUACUGAGAGGGGUUAUGGAGGGACUUAGGAAACAGAUGGUGAGUCCCACAUACGACUACUCAGACGCGGUGCUCCUCUCGAUGUUGGCCAGCCUGUCAUCGGAGUACCCCAAGCCGCUGCCCCCCUUCGACCUCACGUUCCUCCACGAGGGCCUGCACCGCGGGGCUCCGAUGAGGGCUCGGGUCCUCAAACUGGCCGCGCGUCAAGCCAGUACCGCGGUUUCAGCCAAAAGACUCAUCGAAAACUUCCUAUCUGCUAUCGAUCCUGGAAAUUGUGAGGAAUCAGAUAUUAUAUUGUUCUUCGAGUACCUCCCUAUCUUUUGUCGCACGAUGCCCCCCAAUCAUCUCCGGGCUCCUCUCGAGAGAUGUCUCAGUGACUCUUUUUCGAAGGUCAGGGUCAAAGGUCAGGAGGAGAUGUUCAUAAGACAGUUGACCUUCAUCAAGGAGUGCCUCGACUGUGACAAGAUCCACGACGCGAACAGGACCCUGCUGUCACAACUGGUGGAGAACUACUAUACUGUUAUAGAUGACGACCACGUGGCGUGGCCCGCCUACCUGUCGGCGUGUUCGUCGCUGGUGGUGUCGUGUGUGGAGCGCAUGUCGUCCCCCAGUUCGUGGUGGGAGGUGUCCCCGCCCCUCCUCCGUAAGUCCAGUCAGCUCCGCUCGCUCCUCGCCGCUAACAGACUCGCAUGGAUCAACGAGAUCGUAGACACCGCCGCGGGACACGUGGCGGAGCAGGAAUUCACGUUACGUUGUUUCCUCCCUGCGCUACAGGCUACGGACGUCGACUUGCCAACCACCCGCGAGUGGUUCCUGCAACUGAUGGCUCGGACUCAGGUCGCCUUCAAGGAGACGGAGGAGGAGUCAGCCAGGCUGUACCUGUGUGAUGUGUUCUUCUUAAGCGUGGUCGUGUUCAGCGGCUUGUGGCGGCUCGAGCCGGCCGGAGACUUGUUAGUAACGGAUAGAGACGCCCGCCUGGAGCUCGCGCCCGCUGGGGUCAGUCUGCUCGUGGAGAGAGAUGGGUGGCGGGACUAUACUACACAGUUGUUGGAGUGGUUAUGUCACACUCGGUCCGUGACCCGCCACGCCGGCGUGUCCCGGUGUUGUGGGCGCGCCGUGCUCGCUCUCAGACACACUAAAGCCUUCCACGACCACGCGGUCUGGAUGAAACUAGAGAAAAAUUUCGACAAGCUCGAUGUUUGCUGUGAAGAUUAA